AUGGACAAACUCAUCAACCUCACGAUGUCCUACCGCAGUGACUCUGAUAUUUUUACCCCUUAUGGAUAUUUAGAGCAGAAUGGAUAUUUAGAGCAGAAUGAAGUUGCUAUUAACUAUACAAUCCCAGAAAAGUCUGAGCUGGUGGCUUGGAUUGUCAGUAACUGGAACCCUAGUUCCAGAAGGGUUCAGUUUUAUGAGGAAUUGAAGAAAUAUAUAAACAUACAUGUUUUUGGUCGACAACACCUAGCUUUGGACUCUGAUCAAACUUUUUCAGUUGUCUCUAAAUACAAGUUCUACUUAUCCUUUGAGAACUCAAUACAUACAGAUUAUAUAACAGAAAAACUCUGGAAAAACGCUUUGGUUUCAGGAUCUGUGCCAGUGGUUCUUGGCCCACCCAGAGAAAUCUAUGAGAGGUUUAUUCCAUCUGAUUCCUUCAUUCACGUGGAUGACUUCCCCAGUGCAAAACAGCUGGCUUCCUAUCUUCUUGAACUGGACAAAAAUGAUCAGAAAUACCAGGGAUACUUCAAAUGGAGGUCAAAACUAAGGCCAGUGGGAACUUUUUCCUGGAUUGUGCAUUACUGCAAAGCAUGUGUAGAACUACAAAAUGUCCCUUCGUAUAGAACCAUAUCAAGUCUUGGCAAAUGGUUCACAUGA